AUGAUCGUGUUUAAGGUUGCAGUUGUUCUCUGGGUGAUUUUGAGGGUGGCUUUUGGGGCAGAGGAGCAGAGUGUUUGUACGAAGAAUAGGAGUUUGUUUGAAGUUCCUGGUGAAGCUGUUUUAACUGUGUUCUUGGAUAUUAAUCAUGGUCCUUAUUGCAACGCUACGUCGAGUAGCGGGAUGCAGGAGGUUUUUACUGCGUCCUACGUGGUGCACGCUUUGAACAAGUAUGAGUUUGUUCCUGGACUUCCAUUAGGUAUAAAAGUGUUCGACACCUGCCGAGACGAGAUGACAGUGUACAAACACGCGUUGCAAGCAGCGGUGAACUCAGAAUGCGUGGACCAUUACGAGAUGGGAAUACUAUUGCCGGUGGAAUACGCGAUGAUUUUGGAGCCGCUUCGUAAUUACAGCGUGUUGCCUAUUAGCACGUACAACGAGCAGAAUUUGACGAGGCCCUUGAUUAAUCUAAUGGUUCACUACCUGAGUACCAGAUUCGAGACUAUCGAUCACCUUCUAACGAAUUCUGAUUUCGCGUUAAACUUAUUCCUGGAUAUAACCAAGGAAGCUGGAAUUUGUGUGAGAAAUUACGGCGACACUUUGGAUAUAGAGGACGGUGAAACUGAUGCUGUGAUAGCUGUGAUUGGACAGAGGAACGAUAUUAGACAGUGGAUCGAGAGGGGAGAGAAGAUGCAGGGAUCUAGGAAAACGUGGAUAGCUUUGCCUCUCGAUGGAUCGAAUAUCGACGACCUAGUUCCUCCAGGCUCGUACGUCGUGAGAACCUCGGCUUUCAACCUGGACCUCCUUCGCCAGAUCUCUUCAACAGAGGAGUUCCUCGAAGGAGCGAGCAAUUCAGUGAUCCAUUCACCACAUUUGCUCGGAAUUGGCAAAGCCAUCGUCGAGCUGGCUCAGUUGCUGCAAGAUCUGCAGAAACGAAACUGUCCACGGGGUACAGAGACGUCGUGUGUGAUGCCACGAUUCAAUCCUCACACCAAAGUCGAUGUACGAAACGUCGACGUGUACAAUGCACUUCGUAUAAUUCCAAAAUCACACUCGAUUAAAUACAUCGUGGCUAUGAGGAGCCAACAAGAGUUGAUCGACAUGGCCACUUAUAGGAUAGAACCGGCGAAUUCCAAGUUUCGUAUUUCACCGGAGUCGAGGGUGCCAAAGAUGCCGAAACUCUGCUUGAAGAAGCAUCUGAAGAACUGUGAGGGUUGCGCGAAUUUUAAGAAAAGAUUCGGCCCCCGCGGUGUGACCAAAGAUACACUCGACAGGGGUUUAUUAAAGGCUGGCAACUGGAUACCAAUUUUCCUGACAGUGGUGGUGUGUGGCACGUUCGCCUGUAGCGUGAUUGCCGUCUUCAUUAUCUACCGCUUCAUCGUCGAGGAGGUUCUCGAUGGGAAUCCAGCUCUAACGAUCGUUCUGAUACUGGCAAACGUGUUCACCCUGCAAACGGUGUUUCCGUUUUGCAUCAACGACGACUAUUUGGGCUCGGAAUCGCUCAACUCGAGGAAGAUACUCGUGACAACGCUCGCGUUUGGUUUGGAUUUCUCUGUGAUGCUGUCGAGGGCGUUCUUCUUGGUGUUCUCCAAGGGUGGCGUAUUCACUGCACACAUAAACGGCUAUCUUCAAGGACUGAUGGUGUUCUUCAUGUUCAGCGUGCAGCUCGCCAUAUCUGUCAUGUUCUACGUACUCAGCACCGAUGACUCGGCUGUCGUCGUCAGGAGCCUAAUUUUCAUCGCUCUUCUAGGGUACGAUAUAUUUUUAUUAGUCAGCCUGUUCGUCGUGUGUUUCUUCAUUUCUCAACUACCGCGCAAUUAUCGCGAAGGGAAAUGCUUCUUCGGCACGUCGAUCGGUUUGUUGAUCGUUUGGGCAAUAUGGCUCACCUGUUUCAUCCUCGUGGAACCAGAAUGUCGAGAUAUGGUCGUGUGCUUUGGAAUUAUAUCCACCGCUUAUCUCAUCAUAAUUGGAGUUUUAAUACCGAGGACUUAUUACAUGGUCAAACAUCUUGCCAGAGGAAAAGAUUCUGCACCGAGAUUUGGAUCGACCGAUCUAGCAGCUGAUCCUAGGAUCAAUACGAUCACCAGGCAGAGUCGUCCAUUUUACGAUUACGUGCACUCCGGCGCCGGAAGUACGACGAAUUUGCAGGUGACACCGACGUUCCCGAACUACUACGGCAGCUCGAGUCCAAAUCAGAAAUAUCUUGGCCAGAGCAGAAGCACCGACACACGCAGAAUUCCAGGAUACAAUAACUACGGAUACCAUUCGGAGAUGCGAGAAGUGAAUAACUCUUACACAAUACCGCAAGUCUGCAUCGAGGAUGCGGACUUAAGGGCCAACUCCGCGGAGAGGAGCCACGCAAGUUCGACUUACGCGCGAUCCAAGAGCCACCGGAAACGGAGGCCCAAGAUCGAAAAAGAUUGCAUCGAGACCGACGUGUACGUCGAGGGCAACAUUCCCAGCAUACGUAGGGCACACGACGAGAUUUAUCCAGAGAGAUGUAGCAGCCCUAAGCUAACUCAAACCGAAGCAACAAUACGCGAAGAGGAGGAAGACGACGCCACUAGGAUCACUCGAUUUUAA